CCAAAAAUACCGCCACGACACGCACCCUCACGACCAACGACCCGAAACGAGACUCCAUCACACACGUCGCAGCUAUGCCGUCCCAGAAGUCUUUCCGCACCAAGGUGAAGCUUGCCAAAGCUCAGAAGCAGAACCGCCCCAUUCCCCAGUGGAUCCGUCUGAGGACCGGUAACACCAUCCGCUACAACGCCAAGAGACGUCACUGGCGCAAGACCCGUCUCGGUAUCUAAGCGACUCGCCAACGACCAGCCCUGUUCAUUCCUUCCUUUCGACACGAUGGAUUUUUUUCUCUGGAGGAUGUGAGGGAGCGAUGUGGGGAUGGGCGAUGGGAGGGAUUAAAGACCAAAAAUAAAAUGGGCUUUCAUCUGGUGAUCUUGUUCGGUGCGGCGACGGCGUUUGCUUUUCAGUUAAGGGAAUGGGAUUGCUUUUCACCUACAUACGACGGAACGCGCGGCGGGGUGGUGGGAGAUAAAUGCUUCGUGCGCGA